AUGCAGCAAAACAGCAACAAUAAUAAUGAUGUUGAGAUGUCUGACUAGAAUGCUAAUCAAAUAGUCAAUAACAAUUCUGAGUAACUUAGGCCCUAAAAUACUAACCCUAAUACAACUGUUGCACUUUCUCAACUCCCUAUUAAAUAGUAAAAAAUAACAAGACGACUUAUGAUCCACAAAGUAGUUCUAGAGAACUUUAAGUCAUAUUAUGGCCGAAAAGAAAUAGGCCCACUUCACAAAUGCUUUACUGCUGUAGUUGGUCCAAAUGGAUCUGGCAAGUCAAAUCUCAUCGAAUCAUUGCUAUUUGUUUUUGGAAAGCGUGCUAAGAGAAUGAGACUAAAUAAACUUUCAGAGCUAAUUCAUAAUUCCGCCUAACAUAAAGAUGUCACACAUGCUACAGUAAGAGUUUACUUUUAAGACAUCCUUGAUGAUGAAGAUGAGCCAGAUGCUUAUGAUGUCGUGCCAGGCUCUGAAUUUGAAGUCUCUCGCUCAGUAAACAGACAAUCUUAAUCUAAAUACAUGAUUAAUUAAUAAGAAUCUAGCUUCAAGGAAGUUUGCGAGCUUCUGAGCAAAAAUGGCAUUGAUCUCGAUCACAAUAGAUUUUUGAUUUUGUAAGGAGAGGUCGAACAAAUUUCAUUAAUGAAGGCUAAAGCAUAGAAUGAAAAUGAAACUGGAUUACUUGAGUACCUUGAGGAUAUUAUUGGAUCUAAUAAAUAUGUUCAAAGAAUAGCAGAACUCGAGAAGGAGGUAGAACAAAGAGAUGAUGAGAGGAGAGAAAAACUGACUAGAGUUAAUGCCUGCUAACUAGAGCUCUAAGCCUUGGAAUAAGAUAAGAACAAUGCUAUUGAUUAUCUUAAAAAAGAGAGGAAUCUUAUGCUUCUUAAAAAUAUGCAACAGUUUGUUGAGUUAGGAGAGGGAGUAGCGCAAUUAAAUGAGAAGUUGCAGAAUAUUGUUUAGUAUAAAUAGUAAGCAAGAGAUGUUAGAGAUCAGAAGAAAAAAAUGAUGGAGGAAAAUCAAGGUUUAGUUUAGGAAAUCUAAAUACUGAUGGCAAAUGAAGAUAGAGCUUAAUAAAGAUAAGAUCAGCUAACAAAUGAUUUUAGAGGUCUAGAAAGAGCAGAUAUCUUAAUAAGGAAUGAAAUGAAGCAUAAUUUGCAAAAGAUCAACAGAGCAAAGGAAUCAAUUGAUGAAAUUGAGAAAAAGAAGCAAAAGCUCAUCUAAGAAAAUGCACACAAUGAAAAAAUCCUUCCAGAAAAAGAAGAGGAGCUGAAAGAGUUAGUAGAAAGGAAAAUAGAGAUGGAAUAGGACUUUGAAAAGAUGGAGGAGAAAGUUAGGGAAAUGACUGAAAAGCUUAGAAAGGAAAAAGAUUCCCUUGAGUCAGAACUCAAUCCAAUGAUAAAUUAAUUCAACUCAAUUAAAAAUAGAAUUGAAAUUAAAAAGCAAGAGAGAGCAGCAAUUGAGGGAAAAUCUUAAAAAGUUAGACUAGAAAUCGAAAACACUAAGAAUCUAAUAAAUUUAAAUUAAAAUAAGAUAAACUUCACCUUAGAGGAAAUUGAAAAGACUGGAAAGUAAAUUGAAGAUACUUCCAAUGAACAAAAGGAGCUUGAGAAUAGACUAUAAUAAAAUGUAUCAGAGUUACAGCUGCAUGAAAAGGAACUUUAAAAGUAAAAGGACUCUCUUAUAACAAUGCGGUCUGCUUAGCAAGAGAGCAAGAAUAAAAACAGAAUACUUAAAGAACUAAUGGAAGCUCAAUAAAGAGGUGUGUUGACUGGAAUAUUUGGUAGGUUAGGUGAUUUGGGAACAAUAGAUUAAUAAUAUGACUGUGCUGUGACAACUGCUUGCGGAUUCUUAGAUAAUAUUGUGGUUGAGACUGUUGGCGAUGGUGAAAAAUGCAUUAAGUUCUUAAGGGACAAUCAUAUCGGAUAAGGAAAGUUUAUUCUUCUAGAUAAGAUUAAAGCAUAAUUCGAUUAAAUGAAAGAUAGAUCUUUUGAAAGCCCAUAAGGGUCAAACAGAAUAUUUGAUUUAAUUAAGAUUCCAGAUGAUAAAUUCAGAGUGGCAUUUUACUUCGCUUUAAGAGAUACUCUGGUUUGUGAUUCAAUUGACUUAGCUACUAGAAUCGCCUAUGGUUAACAAAGAUUUAGAGUGGUGACUUUGAAAGGAGAGUUGAUUGAAAUGUCUGGUACUAUGAGUGGUGGAGGUAAACCCAAGACUGGAGGAAUGAGUUCAGUCUAAAUUCAAGAGUACUCUGAAGAUCAAAUUAAAGAGGUCGAGUAAAGAGUAGAAAAGCUUACUUCAUAAAUAAUGAAACUAAAAGAAGAAAGACCAAAUAUAGAAACAAUAAAAACACAAAAUGUAAAGAAGAUGUAAAUGCUAUCGAUGACUCUCAAUAAACUUAAGAUUGAACUCAACUCAUAAAAAGAAUCUCAAAGUUCACUUGAAAAUAAGUUGAAUUCACUUAAAAAAGAUCUCAUUAAGGCCGAUGAAGAUGAGAUCAGAGUAGAAAACAUCCAAAAAGAAAUCAGUGAAGAUUCACAGGUCUUAUCAGAUAUAAAUCCAUUGAUUGAAGAAUGUAAGAUGAAGAUAAAGCAGGUUGAAGCAAUGAUCAUUGAAUCUGGAGGUGUUGACUACAAAAAGAAAAAAGAUGAUGUCGAGAGGAUGUACACAAAAGUUCACGAUGUUGAGAAGUAGAUCACUAGAAUGAAAACAACAUUGGCUAAUACUGAAACAAAUCUUUUAAAAUUCGAUAAGGAAAUUGAAAAGGAGAAAUAAGAGAUUCAAAAAUUGGAAAAUAUAAUAGCUGAGCAUAACAGAGAUAUCGAUAAGAAUACAAAAAUGGGAGAGCAAAUAUUGGCUGAGUUAGGGGCUUUGGAUGAGGAAAAAAAGUAAAACAAAGAGAAGUUAGACAGCAGAAGAACCAAUUUUACAAACCUUAAAAAGGAAUUACAAAGAAUGGAAGAAGCUGAAAAUCAGGCUAAGUAAACUGUAGAAAAUGCAAUAAAAGCAAGAAAUUAGCUAGAUGAACAUUGUAAAAAGAUCAAAGCAAAGAUUAGAGAGAAUAGAGAUAAAUUCAAAGGUUAAGAAUAAGAAUUUAGCUACAUAUUUUCAGAUGGACUUAGCCUAGUAAGUACUUAAACUGUUGUACCAGUAGUCUAGUAGUAACAAUUAGCCUUACCUGAUAGGAGAUAAUCAACUAUGAACCAAAGUAGAGAAUCAUCUCAUGUAGAGGCUUCUAGAUUAGAAGAUUCAUAAGUAAUUGAGCAAUCAAAUAUCAAGAGACAAAAAACUGAGGCAUAGAGCUUUGAACAUCACUUGGCUAAUACUCCAAUUACCUAUAAUUUCAAUGAAGAGGAGAUUCAUGUCUUGACAAAUUAGAAAAAUGAAAUAAAGCAACGUAUUGAAUUUCUGGAAGGAGAGAUUUAAAGUUAAAAUCCAAAUAUCAAUAUUAUUCAACAAUAUAGAGUCAGAUUCUAAGAUUAUUAAGAGAAGUAAAGCAGAUUAAAAGAAGUAGAAGAUGCCCUAGGAAAGAUGAAAGAAGAGCAUAAUCAUUUAAAAAGAAAAAGACAUGAUGAUUUUAUGUCUGGAUUUUAAGUUAUAUCAACAAAACUUAAGGAAAUGUAUAGAUUAAUCACCAAUGGAGGUGAUGCUGAGCUUGAGGCGCUUGACGCUCUAGAUCCAUUUUCUGAGGGAAUAUAGUUCCAUGUAAGACCAUUAAAGAAGUCUUGGAAGUAAAUGUCCAAACUCUCUGGAGGUGAAAAAACUAUUUCUUCACUUUCCCUUAUAUUUGCUCUCCAUCAUUACAAACCAUCUCCAUUAUAUUGCAUGGACGAAAUCGAUGCUGCUCUAGAUUAUAAGAAUGUAGCUAUUGUUGGAGAUUACAUUAAAAAGAGAGCAAGAAACAGUCAGUUUUUAAUUAUCUCUUUGAGGAACAAUAUGUUUGAACUUGCGGAGAAAUUAGUCGGUAUAUACAAAACCUUUGAUAUUACCAAGACUGUUACUAUAAAUCCAAAUUAAUUGAAACAACAAAUUGUGAAAUAUCAGCAAUCUCACUAGAUAAGAGAAAGUAGCAAGCAAGAAAAUGACGGGAAAAGAUAAUCAUCAGAAGAAUAGAGACGCCAUCAAUCUAAUAAUUUAAUCUAAUCUGCAAAUCCUUCAGCUUCUUAGGUCAGAUGA